GGGCCUUCGCCACCACCUCCGCUGCGGUCUGAGGUGAGAUGGCGGCCACUGAGGGGGUCGGGGAGGCAGCGCAGGGCAGCGAGCCUGGUCAGCCGGAGCAGCCACCACCCCAGCCGCACCCACCGCCCCCACAGCAACAGCAGCUGCAGGUGGAAGAAGAGAUGGCGGUCGAGGCCGGAGAAGCUGUGGCGUCCCCUAUGGACGACGGGUUUCUGAGCCUGGAUUCGCCCACCUAUGUCCUGUACAGGGACAGAGCAGAAUGGGCUGAUAUAGAUCCAGUACCACAGAAUGAUGGCCCCAAUCCAGUGGUCCAGAUCAUUUAUAGUGAAAAAUUUAGAGAUGUUUAUGAUUAUUUCCGUGCUGUUCUGCAGCGUGAUGAGAGAAGUGAGCGAGCUUUUAAGUUAACCCGGGAUGCCAUUGAGUUAAAUGCAGCCAAUUAUACAGUGUGGCAUUUUCGGAGAGUUCUCUUAAAGUCACUUCAAAAGGAUCUACAUGAGGAAAUGAACUACAUCACUGCAAUAAUUGAGGAACAGCCCAAAAACUAUCAAGUUUGGCACCAUAGGCGAGUCUUAGUGGAAUGGCUGAAAGAUCCAUCUCAGGAGCUUGAGUUCAUUGCUGAUAUUCUUAACCAGGAUGCAAAGAAUUACCAUGCCUGGCAGCAUCGACAAUGGGUUAUCCAGGAAUUUAAACUUUGGGAUAAUGAGCUGCAAUAUGUAGACCAACUUCUCAUAGAAGAUGUGAGAAAUAACUCUGUCUGGAACCAAAGAUACUUUGUAAUUUCUAACACCACUGGCUACAAUGAUUCUGCCAUAUUGGAGAAAGAAGUCCAGUACACUCUGGAAAUGAUCAAACUGGUACCACAUAAUGAAAGUGCAUGGAACUAUUUGAAAGGGAUUUUGCAGGAUCGUGGCCUUUCCAAAUAUCCUAAUCUGUUAAAUCAAUUACUUGACUUACAACCAAGUCACAGUUCUCCCUACCUAAUUGCCUUUCUUGUGGAUAUCUAUGAAGACAUUCUAGAAAACCAAUGUGACAAUAAGGAGGACAUUCUUAAUAAAGCAUUAGAGUUAUGUGAAAUCCUAGCGAAAGAAAAGGACACUAUAAGAAAGGAAUAUUGGCGAUACAUUGGAAGAUCCCUUCAAAGCAAACACAGCACAGAAAGUGACCCACCAUCAAAGGCACAGCAAUAACACCAUUCAGAAGAACUUGAUUCAAUACUUUUAUUUUUUUAAGGGACUCUAAUGCAGGAGUUUAAAACUAGAGCAACCACCCCUUUGCCUGUGCUGGCGUUAAACAUGCAUUGUAAAGGUAUUGCUUUUUAACAAUAACUAAGUGCAAUGCUCCUUGGGCUCUGCUGCUAUUCAGAGGAGCUCUAAGUAAUUUGAUUCUUUUAAUGUAAAGUAACUUUGGAGGGGAAAAAGGAAAAGAAAAUCCAUAAAGGAACUUCUGUAGUCUUUUGAACAUUUAGUCUAAUCUGUUAGCAUCAACUCCUCCCUAAAAUGGUGUAUUUGCAGCAGUAAGGAUUGCAGGUAACUUGUGCGUAAGGAGUAUGAGGUAACUUAAAUUUAGGUUCAGUAAGCAGGGAAUGCAUGUUACUUUAGAGCUUCUCUGCCACACUGACAGUAUCUUGCUAUCACUGUAACCAACUAAUGCUAAGAGAACAGUUUUGUAAUAAAAUUGUAGAUGUAUCUAAAAACAGUGCCAUAGUGGUUUGGUUUUUAAAAUAUCAUUUAACUAUAUACAUACAGAGGAAUUGUCUAGUCUUAGAAAAGCUGUAGAGGAAGAAAAUAUUGCUUUAAAACUGUAGAAACCAUAAACAUGAUUAUGUUAAAAGAAAUGUUAUUAAAAUGUGAACUGGUCCAAGUUUUUGACUACAAGCAACAAAAUCUACUCAAGGUAGUUUAAACCAAAGGGUUUAUUAAGAUAUAUAGAUAGUUCACAGAAUAACUGGCUGAUUUUCUAGAAGUGCAUUCCAAAACCAUAUCAUGGAUCUGGACCAUAAAGUUGCUGCUUCCUAUGCCAGGAUUAGGAAAAUGCUAAAUCAGGAAGCCACAGCCCAAGCUGCCAACGCCAAUACUGCCACCUCUGCCACAUUCUUUGUGAGCAAAUCUGCUUCUCUCCCAUGUAAUUCAGUUCAAAAGUAAAGGCUUAGUUUAGUGUAUCUGAUUGGUAGAAUUACAGUCUAGUGUAAAUAUAACUUUCAUAUAUACUGGGAAACCAAAGAUUUUGUGUGACUCAAGUUAUGGCGAUAUUCACUUAAUUGCUGUGGUCUGGAACCAAACCCACAAUAUCUCUGAGGUAUGCCUGUAAUGUUAUAUAAAUAAGAGUUUUUUAAACUGGGUUGUAACCCAUUAAUGGUUAAUUAUGUCAACUUAGUGGGUCUCAACUACCUUUUUUUAAAAAAAAUGUAAUAACAAAUUUUUAAUUUCAUUGAA